AUGGGGAAAAAAGUAACAUUUGGGAUUGAAUUUGCAAAUGUUUCUAAUGUGGAAGAUGUAAUAAAAAAGAACCUCGAUAAUUAUAAAUUACAUAUUGCCAAUGAUCAAAAGGAGCAAGCUGUCCAACUCGUCAUUGACACAACAGAGAUGGUGCUAUUCGAGGAUCCAGUAGUGUUACACCAUCUACCCACUAUGAUCAAAUAUUGCCAGAAGGCUAUCAAGCUUUUGAAGGACGAUCAAGAUGAUAUGUUUAUACCAAGGUAUAGUUACUUAAUUUACACUAACAUGAGUCAAUGUUAUUUAAAAUUGGAUGAAUAUCCAUUGGCUAUAAAGCAUGGAUUGCUAACUAUCGAUAUCUAUAAACGAGACGAGCAACCGAGCAACCGAUCCAAUCUUCAAGCUAUAUACAAACAAUUGGGAGAUAUAUAUUUUACGAAAAGUCUUAACCAGGACGAAUGUAGACAUGAUGAUUUUGAUAACGCACUUCAAUUUUAUAAACUGGAACGGGAGGUCAUUGAUACAAUGGACUUAAGUGAUAUUGAGGAUUCAGAACCGAAUGAUCUAUUAAAACUUACUCAAGCUUCUCACUUAAAUAUGGGCGUAAUGGAAUCAAAGAUCUCUGCAUUUGAGGCAGCAAUAGAGAAUAUAAAGCAGGCAGUGGCAAUCGCCAUUCAGCUAAACGAUUUCGUAGCUGAAAAAACAGCUUGGUGGGAGUUGGGAAAUUUAUAUAAGCGCAUGAAUCAGCUUAAUAACGUAUUGUUCUGUCAAGGAAAGGAGUAUCGUAUCGUAAAAAGACAUGGACUCAGGGACGAUGAAUUCUACUGUUUUGAGGAGCAAUGUGAGUGA